UCGUGCAGCCUAAUAGUUGGCUCUAUUCUAAUAUCUCACGCAAAAAUAAAUGUUUACAGAGUACGACGUGGAUACGAAGUCUACAAACAAGUGUGCGCAGCAUGUCAUUCCAUGAAAUUCAUCCAUUAUCGACAUUUCGUCGACACAAUAAUGACUGAGGAAGAAGCAAAGGCUGAAGCUGCUGAAGCCCUAAUAAAUGACGUUGAUGAUAAGGGUGCAGCAAUUCAACGGCCAGGAAUUCUUACGGAUAAGCUUCCAAAUCCAUAUCCAAAUAAGAAGGCUGCAGCAGCAGCUAAUAAUGGCGCUGCACCACCGGAUCUCUCAUUGAUGGCCUUAGCUAGACAUGGUGGAGAUGAUUACAUCUUUGCUUUACUAACAGGAUAUUUCGAUCCUCCCGCCGGUAUCAAGGUGUGUACGUGU